AUGGAGGUAGAGCAGCCCAAGGACCUGGAGGAGGGCUUCGGCCUGGCCAAAAGGAGAUAUGCGGAGCUGCGCAGGCAGAAACGGAUCUUCAAUGCCAGGAACAGGAUCAUCGGGGGAGACGCAGAAGCCUGGGAUGUUCAGGUUUGUGACCAGAAGAUAAAAGAAGCAACUGAAAAAGCUAGACAGGAAACCUUUGCUGCUGAAAUGAGGCAAAAUGACAAGAUCGCAUGCAUAUCAGAAGACCGGGAAAGGAGAGAUAGGAAAAAUCUCUGUAAAGCUAUCAAUGAUUUCCAACAGAGCUUUCAGAAGCCAGAAACUCGCCGUGAAUUUGACCUCUCCGACCCCCUAGCCCUUAAGAAAGAUCUUCCAGCCCGGCAGUCAGAUAAUGAUGCUCGGAAUACAAUAUCAGGAAUGCAGAAAUUCAUGGGAGAGGAUUUAAACUUCUAUCAGAGGAAGAAAUUCCAAGAGGAACAAAACAGGGAAUGGUCCUUGCAACAGCAAAGGGAAUGGAAGAUCGCCCGCGCCAACCAAAAAUGCGCAGAGGAUCUCUACCUGAAAACAAGGCUGCAGUUUGACGAAACAGCCAAGCAUUUACAGAAUCUGGAAAGCACCACCAGAAAGGCGGUUUGUGCAGCUGUGAAAGAAUUCAACAAGAAGCAGGCCUUGGAGUCAGCGGAAAAGAAAAUUCAAGAGAAAAAACAAGACCAAGAGGACAACCUGGCCGAGAUCUCCCACCUGCUGCGUGGGGACCUGCUCUCGGAGAAUCCCCAGCAGGCAGCCAGCUCCUUCGGGCCCCAUCGCGUGGUCCCCGACCGCUGGAAGGGCGUGAGCCGGGAGCAGCUGGGGCUCAUCCGCCUGGGUCAGAAACAGCAAGUCCAGGAGAAGCUGAGGCUCCAGGAGGAAGAGCGCCAGCGAGACAUGCACUGGGACCGGCAGAGGGUCCAGCGGGCUCGCGCCGCCUUGCUGUGUGAUCGACAGCAGCAGUGCCAACAGCAUGACCUGUGCAGGGCCCUGGACUGCAGCAACCUCAGCCUGGCCAAGGAGCAGCUUUCGCAGAAAAAAUAUAUGAAGGAAAUCUGUACAAAUCAUCCCACAGAAGAUUAUUUCGCACAAUUUAAUACAAGAAGUCGAUAA